AUGGAGAACUUUACCAUGUGGAGUAAUUUCACUCGAGUUCUGUCGGAGCUGGACGGGACGGAGGAGGACGAGGAUGGGGAGGAGGACGGCGGAGGGAUCGGCGGACUGCGCGUCCUCGUCGCCUGCGUGCUCUUCCUGCUCAUCGUGUCCACGUUGCUCGGGAACACGCUCGUGUGCGCAGCCGUGAUAAAGUUCCGCCACCUGCGCUCCAAAGUCACCAACUUCUUCGUCAUCUCUCUCGCCGUGUCCGACCUGUUCGUGGCCGUGCUCGUGAUGCCGUGGGAGGCCAUCACGGAGGUGACCAACACGUGGCUGUUUGGACGCUUUUGUGACGUCUGGAUCGCCUUUGACAUCAUGUGCUCCACAGCGUCCAUCCUCAACCUCUGCAUCAUCAGCGUGGACCGCUACUGGGCCAUCUCCAGCCCCUUCAAGUACGAGCGGAAAAUGACUCAUCGCGUGGCGUUUGUGAUGAUCGGGGUGGCGUGGACGCUGUCCAUUCUGAUCUCCUUCAUCCCCGUGCAGCUCAACUGGCACCGGGCCGGGGAGGAGGAGCGGGAGGUGGCGAUGGAGGAGAUGGCGGCGAUGAUGGCCGCCAGCGGAAACUUCACAAACAUGAGCAGCUUCAACUCAAGCGACGUCGCCGCCCAGAGCUGCGUGGCCAACCUGAACAAGACCUACGCCAUCUCCUCCUCCUUUAUCAGCUUUUACAUCCCAGUGGUGAUCAUGAUCGCCACCUACACCCGGAUCUACCGGAUCGCCCAGACCCAGAUCCGUCGGAUCAUGUCUUUGGAGCGGGCGGCAGAGCAGGCGCAGCACCAAGGCCACGGCGUGAACAGGAACCAGCAGCAGGUGCAGCGGCCCGGCGACGAGGCCUCGCUGAAGUCCUCGUUCAAGAAGGAAACCAAAGUCCUGAAGACGCUUUCAAUCAUCAUGGGCGUGUUCGUGUUUUGUUGGCUGCCCUUCUUUGUCCUCAACUGCACCGUCCCCUUCUGCGACCCGCCGUGCGUCAGCGACGCCACCUUCACCGUCUUCGUCUGGUUCGGCUGGGCCAACUCGUCCCUCAACCCGGUCAUCUACGCGUUCAACGCAGACUUCCGCCGAGCUUUCGCCAGCAUCCUGGGCUGCGGCCGAGUCUGCUCGAACAACGCGGUGGAGGCGGUGAACUUGAGCAACGAACUGGUUUCCUACCACCAUGACACCACCCUCCACAAGGAGGCGCUGGUCCCCGCUCAGCCGCAGCAGCAUCCCCGCAACAUUAACGUCAGCUCGGACCACCUGGAGGACAUGAGCGCACAUUUUGACGAGGAGUCGAUCAUCUCCAACGGUUCUCCGAGCCACAACAGACUGCUGCUGCUCCACGCAACCAUCCAGUAUGAGGAAGACCCCGAGAUCUCCUUGGAGACAAUCACACCGUUCACCUCAGCUCCAGGGCUGGAGAGCGAUGCUCUGAUACCAGGACAAGUCCACCAGGACGGAUAG